UGGGGCGGGAGCGCGGGUGAAUAUUAAGACUCUUAAGUCGGGAGAAGUUUGCGCACAGCUCACAGCUGGGCGAGGGAAGGAAGGCGCCGGCAAGGACGGCCAGCCCCCAGACGCUGGGUGGGCUGUGCCGCGCGGCUGGCGGACCUUCCCGGGUUGGAGAGGUGCACACCGUCUGCACCUCACCCCGCGGCUGACAGCUCCUGCUCAGGAGAUGAGCGCUGUAGCUUGAGUUCCUGAGUCUCUGGAGCCACCACUUGCGAAUGUCCUUCGCUUCUACUGAGCUGUGCCCAGCCGCUAAGUGAGAGUAUUCCAGGACUUAUAAGAUCAUCUUCAAAAACCAAAAAUGAAGUUCUCACUUACGCGCCGGUGCUUGGUACUGUUCAUCUUCCUAAAUCACCCAACCCCAAUUCUUCCUGCCUCUUCGAAUGACACCUACCCUCCAACAAUAGAGUCCGAGCCAUUUCUGUACGUUCUAGGACGAAAGAGAAUGAUGGAUGCACAGUACAAAUGCUAUGACCGAAUGAAACAACUACCCCCAUACCAAGGAGAAGGUCCGUACUGCAACCGCACCUGGGAUGGAUGGCUGUGCUGGGAUGACACGCCGGCUGGAGUUCUGUCCUAUCAGUACUGCCCAGAUUAUUUUCCAGACUUUGAUCCAGCAGAAAAGGUAACAAAAUACUGUGAUGAGAAAGGAGAUUGGUUUAAACAUCCUGAGAACAAUCGAACCUGGUCCAACUAUACUAUGUGUAAUGCUUUCACUCCUGAGAAACUGAAGAAUGCUUACGUUCUGUACUACUUGGCUAUUGUGGGCCAUUCUUUGUCGAUUUUCACCUUAGUGAUUUCGCUGGGGAUUUUCAUGUUUUUCAAGAGCCUUGGCUGCCAAAGGGUAACUCUGCACAAGAACAUGUUUCUGACUUAUAUUCUGAAUUCUAUGAUUAUCAUCAUCCACCUGGUUGAAGUCGUCCCCAACGGAGAGCUCGUGAGAAGGGAUCCGGUGAGCUGCAAGAUUUUGCAUUUUUUCCACCAGUACAUGAUGGCAUGCAAUUAUUUCUGGAUGCUCUGCGAAGGGAUCUAUCUUCACACCCUCAUCGUGGUGGCCGUGUUUACUGAGGAGCAACGCUUGCGGUGGUAUUACCUCUUGGGCUGGGGAUUCCCGUUGGUGCCAACCACUAUCCAUGCUAUUACUAGAGCGCUGUACUUCAAUGACAACUGCUGGCUGAGUGUGGAAACCCAUUUGCUGUACAUCAUCCACGGCCCUGUCAUGGCUGCAUUAGUGGUCAAUUUCUUUUUUCUGCUCAACAUCGUCCGGGUUCUUGUGAGCAAAAUGAGGGAAACCCAAGAGGCAGAAUCGCACAUGUACCUGAAGGCUGUGAGGGCCACUCUGAUCCUGGUGCCCCUGCUGGGAAUCCAGUUUGUCGUCUUUCCCUGGAGACCUUCCAACAAGAUGCUUGGGAAAAUCUAUGAUUACCUGAUGCACUCUCUGAUUCAUUUCCAGGGAUUCUUCGUUGCGAUGAUUUACUGCUUCUGCAACAACGAGGUCCAGACUACUGUGAAGCGUCACUGGGCCCAAUUUAAGACCCAGUGGAACCAGCGCUGGGGGCGCCGCACCAACAACCGCUCCAUUUCCAACGCUGCAGCCUCCGCUGAGGCCGGUGAUAUCCCUGUUUACAUCUGCCAUCAGGAGCCGAGGAAUGAACUCGCCAACAACCUAGGUGGCGAGGGUGCUGAGGUCAUCGCUUUGGAAAUCAUAGAGCAAGAGUCAUCCGCUUGAAUGUGAAUAAAUACAGCAUCAUGAUCACUGAGCCUUCAUCUCCUGGGAGAAAAACAGACCAUGCAUUUAAAGUGAUUCCCAUCCUCCCAGGAGUUGAACAUAUCAUUUGUGAAGAAUUAUUAAGUGAAUUUGUCCAUAGUGAAUUUGAAGAAAGUUAUAUUUGGUACUAUUGCUGUGGGAGACAGUCUAGGAAUGGAGUCUCCCACUGCAACACUUGUGAACUCCAUCUUUCAUCCAGGACUGAGAUGCAGAUGUCAUAGUAAUGCAAGCAAAGUAUCCAAGAAAAACACAAUUAAAUUGACCUAGUUCAGAAACAGGGUGCUCCUUGUUAAUCUUGAGCCAUUUUUACCUUUGAAAAAUUAAAAUCACUGUCAAUAUUUUUCUUUUUAACUCUAGACUUUGAAUUAGAAUAUUUCUGUAUUUGGCUAUAGAUCUGAUUUUUAAUUUUUUUUAUUUCAAUCAAUUCUGAUGUUACUCAGAUGUUUUACCAUCAACACAAUGUAAACCACACAAAUUACAACAUGACCUCUGCAAGACAAGUGGCUUUCUGAUACAGAGAUGACUGAGGAUGUGGGGAAAGACCUGCCUUUGGCAGGAAGACUUAAUACUUUGAAUGAAAAAGAAAUUGAGAGUCAAUUUGCUCGAAACCUAAGAUGGACCAACUUGCUCAUUGGUUUGUUAGUAUCAGAUGCUCAGCUUGGCUUUGGCUAAUCCCGUCCGUUGGGCAAGCCUAACUGCUGUAAGGAAUUGGCCUUCGGUGCGUUGGUGGCUGACAUUUAUAAACUGGGAGGUUGCAAAGAAUCCAUCCUAAAUUUUUCACAAAACUGCCAAAACUAUAAUUCCUAAUGAAAGAGAAUACUCUAAAGAGAGUUUUCCAUUUUCCUAAACUCCAGGAUUUAUAAAGCAAAUCACUCCAAGGUUUGUAAAGCAGAUUACCUCUUGCCCUUGGGUGCUAUCUAGCAGUAGAAGAUAAAUUGAAGACUGGUAAUUAAAAGACUCCAUAUAAAUCCAUUAACUGCCUUCCACACAGCUUCAAACCUUAACAAGAUCUUAGUCUUUUCCAGGAAGAUUCACGAGGGCUAAUUAGAAGUCAGUUGGUAGUUGACCUCUUGUUUGCCGCUAUUAGCAAAACCGGAAGGGGAGAAAAAGGACCUGCUACAAAUUUAACCUUAUACCAAUUCAUUUAAAAUAGAAGUAGAGUUUCUCAUUAAAACUCAAUAUUAUAUUCUCACAUGUCUCUUUACUUCCUCAGUAUAAAAUCUUUGAAAAUCCCUGAAUAAACUAGUAUCGUUACUGGCACCUGAAACUAAUUUCUGAACUCGCAACAGUAAUCAGAGUUACCGUUAUUUAAUCUGUGUGCUUAAGUGAGGCGAUAUAUUGAAACCCUCCAAACCUUGUCUCACCUGUGUCAUCUUAUGCCACUGCCUUUCAGAAGUGAUUUAGUUGUAGAAAGAAAAAAAUUGAUUUGUUCUGGUUAUAUAUUUGGUGCACCCGAAGAAAACUAUAUUCCUUCGAUGAAAAUGCAUUUUGGAUACUAAAGUAGCUGAAGUCUCCUCUACUGAAUGUAAGGGAGGAGUCAAAAGAAGGUAUUUUCCAAUCACAGUGUUUAUGUAGUGGUGUUCCUAUUUUUGUUUACAAACAUGGAAAACAGAGUAUUUCUGGCAGCUCUAGUACAAAUGUGAUAAUCUAUUGCUGAAAUAUUCUAGAUGCUAUUGUGCUAAUCUAGUAGGGGCUGAUGACAACAAAACAGCUUACCAUAGAAUUGUACUACAGUGCCAAAAUUAUGUGACAUGCUUAUGCCAU